AUGAGGUUCGGUGAGCAUCUCCGAUCUUCUAUGAUCAAGGAGUACUACCCUCACUACAUUGCCUACGACGAGCUCAAGAAAGCCCUCAAAACCGACUUCGUCACCCAACCCACCCCGGACAACGUCAAGCCCGCCCGCAAGGAAUGGACCGAGGAUGACGAGACUACCUUUGUCACUUCGCUCGAGUCCGAACUCGAGAAGGUUUUUCUUUUCCAGAAGCGCAAGUCUGAGGAGAUCGUCGAGCGCAUUAAAGAGAGCGAAGUCGAGGUGAAUGACGUCGUCUCCCGUCUCGACGACAGUGUCCGUCGCCAGAGCACCCGCGCCUCGAGGCCACCACCCACCGACGAGGAUUUCCUGCUGCUGGAGCAGGUGCUCUCCGAUAUUAUCGCCGACGUGCAUGAUCUGGCCAAAUUCACUCAAUUGAAUUACACUGGCUUCCAGAAGAUCAUCAAGAAGCACGAUAAAGAGACAAAAUGGUACCUCAAGCCCGUCUUCGCGGCCCGACUCAAUGCCAAGCCCUUCUUCAAGGAUAAUUACGACGCCUUCGUGGUGAAGCUCUCCAAACUCUACGACCUGGUUCGCACCAAGGGUAAUCCGGUCAAGGGAGACUCGUCCGCCGGUGGAUCUCAGCAGAACUUUGUGCGUCAGACCACCAAAUACUGGGUGCAUCGCGACAACAUCACCGAGUUGAAGCUGGUGAUUUUGAAACACUUGCCCGUGCUGGUCUUCAAUGCUAGCAAGGAGUUUGAGGAGAAGGAUACCGCUAUCUCGUCCAUCUACUACGACAACCCAGAUACCUGGGAGCUCUACCAAGGUCGUCUCAAGAAGACCGAGGGUGCCGAGGCCAUUCGUCUGCGUUGGUAUGGUGGCAUGGAGAGCGACCAAAUCUUUGUCGAGCGCAAGACUCAUCGCGAAGACUGGACGGGUGAAAAGUCCGUCAAGGCCCGUUUUGCCCUCAAGGAGAAGAAUGUCAAUGCCUUCCUGGAUGGCCGCAUGACUGUCGAGCAGGUCUUUGACAAGAUGCGCAAGGAAGGCAAGAAGAGCGCCGAUGAGAUCAACGAUCUCGAGCAGCUCGCCCGUGAGGUUCAAUAUCGAGUCAUUACCCGCCGCCUCGUCCCCGUUACUCGCACCUUCUACCACCGUACCGCCUUCCAGCUGCCAGGUGAUGCCCGUGUGCGUAUCUCUUUGGACACCGAGCUCACUAUGGUUCGUGAGGAUAACCUGGAUGGCCGUCGGCGUGCUGGAGCUAACUGGCGUCGUAUGGAUAUUGGCGUCGACUUUCCGUUCUCACAGCUUCCGCCUGAGGAUAUUGACCGCUUCCCAUACGCCGUGCUGGAGGUCAAGCUGCAGACGCAGGCAGGCCAGGAGCCGCCGCAGUGGAUCCGCGAUCUUACGGCAUCGCACCUCGUCGAGGCUGUGCCCAAGUUCAGCAAGUUUAUUCACGGCACGGCCACUCUCUUCCCUACCCGUAUCAACCUCCUGCCCUUCUGGUACCCACAGAUGGACACGGAUAUCCGCAAGCCACCGACCCGCCGCUACGGUAUCCACCGCCCCCUGGCGAGCACCUCGCUGUCCGCGAAUGACGAAGACUCGGACGACGAUGAUUCACCCCAGCUUACCGAGAGCGCUACCCUGAACGGGUCGCGCGAGGGCUCAGACGACCGGUACCUCUUCACUGAGACUAACGGGAAUGAGUUGGACAUUGAGGAGCGUAUUGCUGCACACCCCUUGCCCGGUGAUGAGGAUUACCCGCUUUACGACUCGGACGAUGAGUAUGACACUGUGGACUCGGAUGAGCUGGAGGAGGCACGCCGUGUUGGUGGUGCUUAUUAUGCAGAACAACUGGCCAAGUAUUACGUUCUGAAGACCAGGCGUGCGAUCGCACAGGGACUCUGGGCGAUCAUUCCCCGGCCUCGGGCUACUGUGAUGCCACCCCAAGAGGCUCGUGGUAUCCAGGUGCUUGGUGCCCAACGAAGGCUGCAGCGUUUCCAGGCGCCCCCUGGCAAGAAAAUCUUCGUCCCUGUUCGUGUCGAACCUAAGGUUUACUUCGCUGCUGAACGUACGUUCCUUUCUUGGCUAGAAUUCUCCAUCAUCCUGGGUGGUAUCGCUGCCACCCUCCUCAACUUUGGCGUCGACUCCAUCUCGCUUGCGAGCUCGUGGGCCUUUACCAUCCUCGCCGCCGGUGCCCUCGUCUACUCUUUGCUCCUGUACGUCUGGCGUGUGGACAAGAUCCGCAAGCGUCGCGAUGUCAAGCGAGUCUACUACGAGAAGUGGGGCCCUACCAUUGUCAGUGUGGGUCUCGUGGUCGUUGUAUUGGUGAACUUUGGUCUGCGUGUCAAGGCUGGUGGAUUUAUGGCUGGGAAGUUGCCUUUGGAUGGUAGACCCCGCCAUGGCGAUGAGCUUUGA